AUGUCAGCUCCCCUUUCAAAGGAGUUAAGACAGAAGUUCAACGUAAAGUCUAUGCCAAUCCGGAAAGAUGACGAAGUCCAGGUUGUCCGUGGUCACUACAAAGGCCAGCAGGUUGGCAAAGUAGUGCAAGUGUACCGUAAGAAGUUUGUUGUCUAUAUUGAGAGGAUCCAACGUGAGAAGGCUAACGGUGCCAGUGCAUACGUCGGCAUCCACCCUUCAAAGUGCGUGAUUGUCAAACUGAAGAUGAACAAGGACCGUAAAUCGAUCCUCGACCGCAGAGCAAAGGGCAGGUUGGCAGCCCUCGGCAAGGACAAGGGCAAGUACACGGAGGAAACAGCCACUGCUAUGGAGACCUCGUAA